GGCAACCAGAGUGAGGACUCAGAGUUCCUGCUCCUGGGGAUCUCGGAGAGUCCUGAGCAACAGCGGAUCCUGUUUUGGAUGUUCCUGACCAUGUACCUGGUCACAGUGGUGGGCAACAUGCUCAUCAUUGUGGCCAUUGGCUCUGACUCCCGGCUGCACACGCCCAUGUACUUCUUCCUGGCCAAUCUCUCCUUCAUUGACCUCUUCUUUGUGACCAAUACAAUCCCCAAGAUGCUGGCGAACCUCCAGUCCCAGAACAAAGCCAUCUCCUACACAGGGUGUCUGACGCAGCUCUACUUCCUGGUCUCCUUGGUGGCCCUGGACAACCUCAUUCUGGCUGUGAUGGCAUAUGACCGCUAUGUGGCCAUCUGCCGCCCUCUCCACUACACCACAGCCAUGAGGCCUAAGCUCUGUAUCUUAUUCCUUGCUUUGUGUUGGGUCCUAUCUAUCCUUUAUGGCCUCAUCCACACCCUCCUCAUGACCAGAGUGACCUUCUGUGAGUCACGGAAAAUCCACUACAUAUUUUGUGAGGUGUACGUACUGCUGAGGCUGGCAUGUUCCAACACAGAGAUUAAUCACACAGCGCUGAUUGCCACAGGCUCUUUUAUCUUCCUUACUCCCUUUGGAUUCAUGAUCAUGUCCUACGCAUGGAUUGUCAGAGCCAUCCUCAGAAUACCUUCAACCUCCAAAAAGUACAAAGCAUUCUCCACCUGUGCCUCGCAUCUGGCUGUGGUCUCCCUAUUUUAUGGGACACUUUGUAUGGUAUACUUACAGCCCCUUCAUACCUACUCCAUGAAGGACUCGGUAGCCACGGUGAUGUAUGCUGUGGUGACGCCAAUGAUGAACCCUUUCAUCUACAGCCUGAGGAACAAGGACAUGCAUGGGGCUCUGGGAAAACUCCUAAGGAGACCUUCUCAGAGGCUGACAUGA